UGUCAGCGGUGGAGUGUCCCGUACAUGUAGCCAGCCCCUACUGACAGUCUGACACCGACAGCCGACGUCAAGCGGCAGCGUCGCGUCCCUUCGCUUCUCUCUACUCAAAGAACCUGCGCGAGCUCCAUACUACUCUUGCCUCUAUCCACAGCGUGUUCAUUCCAACACAAGAACAACACACACGACGCGCACUCGCACCAGCCAGCCACGGAGGAAGAAAGGCGCACUCCAGAGAUGACCGAGCGAAGGCAGGAACACUCGCCGCCGUCCAAGCUCCCCCGCCUCUCCGGCCCCGACGCCGACGACAACGACGGCGCAGGGACGGUGACCAUGGCGGCGCCGUCGCCGCUGGUUCUUGGGCUGGGUCUCGGCGUAGGCGGCAGCAGCAGUGACAGUGGACGAGGCGACGCGGAGGCAUCUGCGGCGACGCGGCCAUCGGCGCUGACGUUCAUGCAGCGGCAGGAGCUGGAGCACCAGGUGCUCAUCUACCGCUACUUCGCCGCCAACGCUCCCGUGCCCGUGCACCUCGUCCUCCCCAUCUGGAAGAGCGUCGCCGCCUCCUCCUCCGCCCCGCAGAGGUUCCCAUCCCUGGCGGGACUGGGGAGCAUGUGCUACGACCACAGGAGCAGCAUGGAGCCGGAGCCGGACCGGUGCCGGCGCACGGACGGCAAAAAGUGGCGGUGCUCGCGCGGCGUGAUGCCGGGGCACAAGUACUGCGAGCGCCACGUCCACCGCGGCCGCGGCCGUGCAAGAAAGCCUGUGGAAGCCGCGCCGGCCACAUCAGCCAUCCCGAUCCGCGCAAUGCACGCCGCCGACGCGCAGGGCGCCACAAGCGCGCACGCGGCGCCACCGCAGCGCCUCGGCUUCUCCUCCCCCGCCGGCGUCUACCUGGCCCACGGCACCGCCCGUGCCACCUGACCUGAUGACGGCAUUUUCUUCAGUUAGCUACAGAUGUUUUGCUUCCUUGUUUGUGCUAAUCUGUAGCGGGAAAUCUCCGAGGAUUAUGCUGUACUGGUGCUGGUAAUUUUUAUUUUCGCCUUGACCACGCCUCGGUGUUCCCGAGUCGUCAAAGUUCGAUGGCAUGCAUAGGGGGGUUCGUGCUGCCCUGUUUACUCUGUCUGUGCAGUGACACUGACAUGUCUGAUGCCGCAGGCGAGUUGUUUUUCA